AUGGAGAGCACACUUUCUCUUAUCCAUAUAAUGUUUCCCCAGACAAAGUUCAACACAGAUGAUUUGGAAGCAUGGAAUAGGCUAGACAAUGUACUUGUAGAAGAGAACCCGAGUUCUGAAAAUGAACUAGCUAUAGAAAUUUCAGAAGAGGAGGAAGGUGGUACCGCUGCAGUUGUAGCUGUGCCGCCAAUAAAGCAUACUGAUGCCAUCGACUGCUUUGAGAAGUGUAUCAAAUGGUCUGAAGAAAACAACGUGGAACAGGAAAAAAUAUUUUUAUUGAAAAGCCUACAUCAAAAGGCACAGGAUCUCAAAAUUUCUCGCCCACAAAAGCAAAUGAGCAUAACAAAUUUCUUUUCAGUUGAAUAA